ACAAAUUGACGCGCAUUAAAAAAAACAUUCCAUUUUCAAACAAUUAUAUUAAAAAUAAAAUGAAAGUGAAAUCCGUGCAUUGACCGCAAAAAUGUCCAAUGUGAGGGAAUGGAAAGUACUGCUUCUACUUUUGGCGUCAGCCGCCGCUGGCGAGCCGAGCCGGGCGCUGAGCGUAGUAUACCAGAGGCCGUACAGGCACAUAAUGUUCGUCCCGAAAACAUACAGAAGCCGAGCGAGACAAUCCAGAGUGCUGUUUUUGGACGAGGACGAGAAUCAUCAGCACUUCGGCAAAGGCGAAAUAGAUUUGACCGUUGACAAGAAUUCUAAGAUUAAAUUCGACGAAAAUCCUGAUUACGAGUUCACGUCUCCUGGCGAGGAUAAAGAGGAGAUACCGUCGGGCAACGAGCGUUUCUACGAGCCGUUUCGUUUCAGGCAGUACCCUAAGUUUUAUCAGGGGAGGUUCGGUCGACCUUACGCGCCGUCAUUUGGAUUUGAUCCGUAUCAAACUGUAGUCAGGAAUAGUUAUUAUCAGCCCGGCUGGAAGGCCAGGAGUCCCCGGGUUGUGUUCCCUUAUACAGAGCCGAUCCAGACGAAUUCCCACGGCGGUCCGGGGUUCGACAAUGUGGUGUUUCGGGAACAGAAUUUCGGGACGAGUGAUAUUCCCGCUGAUGAUCAAGCGCUACAAGAUAUAGGAACGGGUAAUGCGGACGCGUUCGCGGAACGAGAUGCCAACGACCUACAUCGAGCUCGAAUGGAUAAGGAAACGAAAAAAUUACAAAAACCAAUGUUCAUUCAAACUGACAGUAAAAUAUUAACGUACAAUAAAAGAAACGACUACUACACAUUCCCAAAUACAACACAGAAAUUGCCAGAAUUCAAACCGAUAACAGACGAGCAGAUUUCUAAAGUGAACCAAAUAUUGAAUGAAUUACCAAAGAGUACAAUUAGAAAUGGCCGCCUAUUACACAGCAGCGUAGCAUCAGAGAUCGAAACUGUUGAACAUAGUGUAACGACGAAUCUUGAUCGGCAAGAUGAAAAGCGAUGUCCACAAGGAGGGACGUGUGAAUUUUUCAUUUAUUGCUGGAUGGUUGGAGGUCUUUUGGAAGGGACAUGCGGUGGUUUACUAAAAGGCUGUUGCCAUAGAGUUGCCAAAGCUGGUAUUUUGGGAGUACAAGACUCGAAUAGCAUAGAUUACUCGUCGAAUGAAGGAUUAAGUUACGGACCUGUUAUAAACGAUGAAAGUUGUGGUAUCGCCGUGGGGAAGCAGACAGCUCAAAGGAGGAUCGUGGGUGGGGACGACGCUGGCUUCGGCACCUUCCCAUGGCAGGCCUACAUACGGAUUGGCUCCUCAAGAUGCAACAUGCUUAUGUCCAUUUUCGAGCUUAUCGGGUGGAAGCAGUGUUGGAUAGAGAGAUGCGGCGGCUCGCUAAUAUCGCGGCGCCAUGUUGUAACAGCCGGGCACUGCGUUGCGCGCGCGCAGCCACGCCACGUGCGAGUCACUCUUGGGGACUACGUCAUCAAUUCAGCGGCUGAACCCCUGCCGGCUUACACGUUCGGCGUACGAACUAUAAAAGUCCACCCCCUCUUUAAGUUCACCCCCCAAGCAGAUCGGUUUGAUGUGGCCGUGCUUACUUUGGAUAGAAAUGUGCAUUACAUGCCUCAUAUAGCUCCGAUAUGUUUACCAGAACGAGGGUCAGACUUCCUCGGGCAGUACGGCUGGGCAGCCGGCUGGGGAGCUCUGAGCCCUGGGUCGAGACUCCGACCACGGACCCUCCAAGCUGUUGAUGUACCUGUCCUGGAUAACAGAGUCUGUGAGAGGUGGCACAGGGCUAAUGGUAUAAACGUAGUCAUAUACCCUGAGAUGCUCUGCGCGGGGUACCGAGGUGGUGGUAAGGACAGUUGCCAAGGCGACAGCGGGGGUCCCCUAAUGUUAGAGCGAGCCGGCCGCUGGUACCUCAUCGGCGUGGUCUCCGCCGGUUACUCCUGCGCAAGUCGGGGCCAACCGGGCAUUUACCACAGAGUAGCGCACACUGUAGACUGGAUCUCACACGCGACGACUCUUUCAUAGUUGUUUAGUAUCGGACACGUUUGAUAAUAAGUAUCAGUCAUAUUUGCAUUGAGUAUCAUUGAUAUUUUCGUGGAAAAUUAUAUUUCUCUGCUAACCCGUUUGAUUUUCCCCUGGAGUGUCAGUGAUGUUCCUUGGAAGUGUCAGUGGUAUUUUCUAGGCGUAUCAAACGUGUUUGAUGUUCACCUGAAGCAACACUUGUAUAUACCUGGAGUAUCAAUACUUUCCCCUGGAGUAACAAAGUAGUCCCCUGAAGUAUCGUUGAUAUUUCCGUGGAGUAUUUUUUUCCCCUGGGGUAUUAAUCUUGAAAGGUUGCACAAAAAUUUUCAGCUCAAAAUUAGUCCCAUUUCGUAGUUUUUACAAGAUUUUGAUAAAUCUUAGACGAACCAGUACUCAUAUGGUGAUUAAGAGUUGUAGCCAAAAUGGACGCUGAUAAGGUUUUACUCAGAUAAUAGAAUCAUUAUCAUAAAUUUUGAAUUAUCAAUGAAAUAAAAUAAUAACGUUGAAUCAAAAGAACCCGUUAUAUUUGUAAGCGUUUUAAUCGCCAAGAGACCGCAAAAUGUAUUUAGAACAAGAGUCUAAUAGAAAUGUCAAGAAACAACAAAUCUGCUACGUUUGUUUAAAAUUUACUGCUUUCAAGAGAAGGUAUUUUUGUAACCGUUUCUACAAGAUUUUUUUAAUCUAUAAGAAAGAUUUCCCUAAUCGGGAGAGAGAAAAAAACUGUUUAUAAUUUAAAUGAAAUACGUAAAAAAUAUUUAUUUUUUCACACUUUUUUUUAUUGUGAAACAAUUUUUAGAUGCUUAGUUAAAAAUAUGUGAUAUUGAUUUCAAGAAAUUACCAUAUGGAAUCAAGGGAACAAAAA